CGCCCGCGCGCGGCUCCGCCUCCCGCCGCGGCCGCUGGCGCUGGGAGGCCCCACAGACGCCAUUUCCUCGGCGCCCCCGCGGCGGCGCGGCUGCAUCAGCGCUGACGUGAGGCCGACGUGCGACUCCGCCCGGCCCGAUCCCCCCCACCCCCUGUGACGGGGGCAGCACGUACAGGGCGGCGGUGCAGGGUUUGGUAGGAGAGAAAGGGAGCCGAAGAGAUCCAAGCUCUUGUUUUAAAUCUCACACCUUCUAUUAUGACUAAGUGUGCCAAGAAAUAUCGAAAAGGACCUGUCAGACUGAUGACCAUGGAAAUGGUUGAACAGGAUGACAAUGCAGCGGAUUCUCUGACAGAGAGAAGUGCUGGUCCCCUUCGGAAUCAGCCAGGCCAGAAUCAGAUUUCCUCAGGAUCUGAGGUUUCUGUAGCUGCUUCCAGUGCUGGAAGAGGAUCUCCAGCUGUAACUCUAGUGCAGUUGGCUUCUGGUCAAACUGUUCAUGUCCAGGGUGUCAUUCAAGCUACACAGCCCUCAGUCAUUCAGUCACCACACAUGCAAGCUGUUCAGGUAGCAUCGAUUGCAGAUGAAGCUGCACCAUCAGAAGUGAUAAUUGAUUCUCAAAAACGUAGGGAAAUACUUUCAAGAAGGCCUUCAUACCGAAAAAUUUUGAAUGAGCUCUCAUCAGAUGCACCUGCAGUAGCGAAGAUUGAAGAAGAAGAGAAGUCAGAAGAUGAAGGAACGCCUUCUGGUAUUUCUGCAAUGGCCAUGCCAACCAGCCUGUAUCAUACUAACACAGGGCAAUACCUUACCAUAUCUCAAGGUGGUACAAUUCAGACUGUGACAAAUUCAGGAGCUCCUCAGCCAGGCGCUACCAUUGUGCAAUAUGCAGCACAGUCAUCUGAUGGCACACAACAGUUUUUUGUUCCUGGAAGCCAAGUUGCUGUUCAAGCUGCCACUGGAGACAUGCCAGCUUACCAGAUUCGAACUCCCACCACUACCUUGCCUCAGGGAGUGGUUAUGGCAGCCUCACCAGGGACUUUGCACAGCCCUCAGCAAAUGGCAGAAGAGGCAACACGCAAGAGAGAGCUGAGACUUUUGAAAAAUAGGGAAGCUGCCAGAGAAUGUCGCAGAAAGAAGAAAGAAUAUGUCAAAUGUCUUGAAAAUCGUGUGGCUGUGCUUGAAAACCAAAACAAGACUCUCAUUGAGGAACUCAAGGCCCUCAAAGAUCUUUAUUGUCAUAAAGCAGAAUAACUGUCUUUCAUUUGGACCUCCUUUAUUAUGAACUUUAAUCAAGGCAUGAGAGGAAGCAAUUCUACAGAUUGCCAUAUGAACUUGAGAAAGAGACACUUGAGGCCCUUGUGGAACCCAGUUUUGCUUAGUGUUUUCAGACUGAUUUGGGAGAUAUUCCAAAAUUUGGAAUUCUGUCAUAGUCUCCAUACUCUGCUGAGCUUUCUAAUGGCAUGCAAAUGGCUUUUUUGUUUGCACUUUUUACUUCUGCUUUUUGCAGGGAAGCUGCUAAAGAAUGUCGACGUCGGAAGAAAGAAUACAUAAAAUGUCUGGAGAGUCGUGUUGCAGUGCUAGAAGUUCAGAACAAGAAACUUAUACAGGAGCUUGAAACCCUAAAAGACAUUUGCUCUUCCAAAACAGAUUAGUAAAAAUAUUUAUUAUACUGUGAACUAAGAUAUGUCCAGUUGCUUUGUAAGACAAUACAUAGCCAACAUAACUUAUGGAAUCUUUGUGUCAUUUAUAAUAUAUUCCAACUCCUAACAUUCCUGAAUGCUUUCCUGCUUUCUGUCAAUUCAUAGCUCUAAUUUCAGGUUUUUCGUGCACCAUCCUUCUGUCUCCCAAGGAGCCAAAUUUGAAAAAAUAUAACGAAGUAAAAAAGUGCAUAAUUUCUAUGAGCUGUUUCUUUGCCAUAUAUUUACAUACUACUUUUUACAUGUUACUGAGUGUCCUGCACAUUCAAAAUAUUUUGCAAUUGUUUUAGAUGAAUCAUAAAGAUAAUGCAUCCAGUAAUACAAGAAAAUCAACCAACCCAAGGUAUCUCAGGAAAGAGUUUAUAAAAGAAUGUUAUGAUUAUAUGUAAGUACUAGCAUACUAGCCUACAGAUGAAUUUAUGGCAUAUUUUUAUAUUAGUUGCUUUGUGGAAAAAAGUAUUGUAUUGCUGUCACUGAGUGCCAUGGUUAAAGAUAGUUUUUAAUAGAACCAUGUUGUUUAACCUGUGUAGUGUCUGAUUUCCUUUAAAAACCUGGUUGAGAUGCUUUAAAAUCCAUGAGUAUCUGAAAGAAGACAAAGGGAAAAAAGCACACCUAAGCUCAUUACAUGAUGCUAAAUAUAUUGUAAAUACCUGUAAGAAGCUCUCUGUUAUAUGGCUGCUAUUUACUUAAAUUUUCUGUAAUCUGCAGAAUAUUUGAUUUGCUGGAGGUCUGUAUAUCAAAAUUUGAAUCUUCAUCCUGAAUACUUUACAUUCUAGAUCCUGUACACCUGUAGAUAAUUGCCUGUAGUGAAGAUUGAUUCAGUUCUUUUCACAAUUUCAGCAAAUACUAAGUGGUGGUCAAGGUGUCCUAAAGAAGGAAGCUUUUCAAUAAGUGACUGUUGGCUCUUUCACUGAAUUCUGGAAUAGCCUACAGAUGGGAUCUGAAGAGUUUUAAUAUAAACCCAUGUUUAAACCACGUUACAGCUCUCAUAAAUGCAGUAUGUGCCAACUUUCCAUUGUGCUUUGAAAAAUCUAGUGUAUAUGCAAAGUUGCUUCUGGGUACUUUUUAAAUUCAGGAAUGAUCUAAUGUUUGGCCAGUACAGUUUAUGAGCAGAGUAUUUGGGAGCUUUGCUGGAACUAAUGGCUUUACUGAUGUGGUAGGAAGAAAGGCCUGUAUCCUACUUAACUGGCUUUACUGAGGAUGUGUGUGUGUGAGUGUGUGGAAGGGGAGGAGGGAUGGAAUCAUACUGAAGUCAUUGAGACUUCCUAAUUUAAUUUAAACUCAAUUUGCAUUUAACCCUCUUCACUCUGACCCUGUUGGGACGGGUUGGUUUAUGUAUAUGGGUUUUUUUCUUCCCUACAUUUCUUGAAAUACACGGGAUAAUUUUCUAGAAUACUUUGAAAAUCCCACUAAGUACCUAAGUGACACCAUUUGCAAGAAGAGGUAUUCUCUCUUACUUCCUGCAGCCACAUCAGUUGAUUGAAGGAGGUAAGAAGAUACCUCUGGCCUCUAAGGCUCUGAUGCAGGUUUGGAACAAAAAAAGUAAACUUUGAAAUACCUUCUUCACUGUGAAAAUACAUCUGAAGUGCUAAGGUCAGCAGAAGUCAAAGGUUCUGUUCAGGUUGGACAGGAUGGAUGCAAUCUGCAGGUCCGUGUUGCAGCCUCUGUAGUGCAACAAGUAAGUUAUUUGUUGUGGCUCUGUCACUAAAGUCUGUUUUCUGUUACAGGUAGGCAUUGCCUCUGACUCACAAGGGAUUUGGAAACUUAAAUAGAGAGAAACUUGUGUAUGUGUGUGGUAGAUACCUCUCCAGUAAAAAAUCCCCUUUAUCUUCACAAUAGUGUCUGGUACUAAUUACAGUUAGAAAUUUGAUGGGAGGAAUCCUUGUCUAUUCCACUUCUGUGUAGUUUAUAUUUAUUUCUUUACUAGUAGAAUCAUAUAAUGGUUUGGGUUGGAAGGAGCCUUUGAGAUCAUCUGAUUCCAAACCUCCAUGCCAUAGGCAGAGAUUCCACUCACUAGUAAAUCAUGUUGCUUAGAGCUCCAUCCAACCUGGCCUUGAAUGCUUCCAGAGAUGGGGCAACCACAUCUUCACUGAGACACUUGUUGAGUGCUAAUUUCUUAGUAAAGAAUUAAUUCCUAAUAUCUAAUGUGCAUAUCUCCUCUUUAUAACAAUUGCCCCUUGUCCUGUCAUUUUCUACCUGUGUAAAAAAUUCUCUCAUCCUUUCCUGUAAGUACAGAAAGACUCAGUGAGGUCUCCCUGGAACUUUCUUUUCUCCAGGAUGAAAUAGCCCAGCCAUUUCAGGCAGUUCUCAUUGGAGAGGUGCUCCUACCCUGUGAUUAUGUUUGUGGUGUUCCACCAGACCUGCUCUAACAGGUCCAUGGCUUUCCCGUGCUGAGGCCCCCAGAGCUGGAUGCAGCACUGCCGGGGGUCUCUGCCAGAGCAAAGGGGCAGAACCCUCUCCCUGACCUGCUGCCCACCCUGCUGUGGAUGCAGCCCAGGAUGGACUCAGCCUUCGGGGCAGCAGGCACACACUGAAGCACUGAUGGAUGUGGUGCAGGAAAAAGGGAUUUUCAAUACAAUAGUAUUCUUUGUAUAGAAACACCAAGUGAAUCUGAGUUGGUUUAUUAUAAGAGAAUUUGAGCACUGCCCAAGCUUUGAUUUGGCAGAGCCAAGAGUUUUGUUUUUUCAUUAUCAAGUAAAAAGGCCAAAAAAAUUGUGGUUUUUUCCUUCCUGUUAGAAAACUGCAUUUCUAUUGUAUGAAACUCUUUUAUUGCUCAAGCCACACAACUGCAAGUUUCUUUAAGAUAGACAGCUAGAGGAUUGGCCUUGGAGGGAAAGUGUGUGUACACUGGCCUGCAUGGAUUUUAAUUUUUUUUUUUUUUUUUCAGAAUAGAUUUUCAUGUAGCUCAGGUAAAAUAGUCUCUUGGAAAAUAUCUUCAGCUUCCUAGACUUGGGGUGAUGAGGAAUGUAAUAGUCAGCUUCCUCCUAAGGUACAGCUUUGAGUCAUAGCUGUUUCCCUCUUUAAGCAGAUGUGCAAAGUCUAUAAACUAUCCAGACAGAUCUCUCUUGACUCUCUAAAACAGCCUCAGCUGUUUUGGCCAGUGAAGAAAGGGAUUAAAAUAAGUAUAUUGUAAGAGUAGGUGUGGAUUUGGCUUCUUUGGAAGGACUUUUUGAUUGUUAUUCCCACAGAUUUUGCGCUUUGCAAGAAUAAUUGGAGGUUUUUUGUUUUGUUGUUUUUUGUUUUUUUUUUUUUUUUUUUGGCUGCAGUUACACAGUCCUGAGGAGUGCAAGUUGUCUCCUGCUUGGUUUUCCUUCUGUUCUUGUCACACGUAAUUGCUGAUCUGUACUGGUACUCUGCAGACAUCAGUGUAAUAGCUAAAUUCAUUGUGAUUGUUUUCUGAAUUAAAUAUCUCUUCAAAGAAAACGAAGGGGUCUGCUCAGCUUCUAGUUUGGAUUGACUCAUUUUGCCCACAGUUUUUUCCUGUUUCAUCCCCAUGGUAUUUAGUGUGUGGGUGUGUACAAGGCAAGACUGUAUUGAGUGCUGAGCUGUUAAGCAGCUGACAGAAGUAACUGCCUUUUGCUUGUCAGCCUUUCUGUAGAAUAUACUGUCAUGUGGGGAGAGGGUCUAGUCUUUUUGAGAUUUUUUUAAGGCACUAUGAGGCCCUUGUGGAUGAGAAUAACAGUGAUCUCAUUAUUCCAGCAAAAGUGUUCUAUUAUGUGCUUGAUUUAGUAACUGAGGAAAAUAAUUUAGGUAAAUUCUAGAGCAAUUUGGUAGUCUGUCAUGCCAACUGGAAAUGGCGGGUAGCAAAAAUCAAAUUAUUCUUCUCUGUCUACGGAAUUUUUAGUCUACUUUCUCAGGUUUCUGGUUUUUUUAAAUUCUGAGUUAAAACUUCCUUCUUGCAACAGGCUUGCUCUAAUACAGUAUGAAGCAAAAGCUGUGUAUAUGCACAAAGUCUGAGAGAUAGUAUGCACAAAGUCUGAGAGAGAGCUGCAUGUAGACUGAGAAAAAAAACUUCAUUUUGUAUUCUGUGUGACUUGGAUGGAAAAAACAGUGAAGGAAGUGUCUUUGUUAUGGUAACUGCUGAGUUUUUUCCUCUCUUUAUAGCCUUUGUCAGUGAAAUCGGGUGUGAUUAAUACAUCUCGUGAAUUGAAUUAUGGCUAUAAAAAUGUCACAAUUGAGAAAACUCGUUAUCUAGCCAAGUCAUUGUUUUUGUUUUGUGGCUUCAAAAAUACAAUUUCCAAACAACCUUGGAUAUCCUCACACCAGGUAAAAGUUGCUGCAGAGUUGUUUAACAAGCUCAGUCUGGACCAAUGGGGGUGUUUUUUCUAAAAUAAUUCUCUUAAGGAUGUUUUUCCCCCUAAGCAAAGUAUUUAUCACAUUUCUAGCUUCCAUUAAUUCUUACAGAAGUGAGAGAACUGCAAACACAUUUUUAAGUUUAAUGUAUGCUGAGGUGUUUUGCUUGAUGAAGUUGAUUCUGAAAAUCUAGAUUCUCCUGGAUCCUGAUUAUGUGAACUGAAAGCUUUCUGAAGUUUGUCAGUUGGCAUACAAACAAAAAAAUACUGAAAUCCUUGACAUCUCUGCAUUUUUACGAGUGAAGUUGUCAGUUACUUCAAAGAUCCAGACAUGGGCCUGGGGCUGCAGCUUUCUUGAGAUGUGAGCGGCCCAAAUCUGUUGAGAUCUUCAAAGCAGACAUUGUUCUUUUUCUCUCAUUUGAAACCUGAUCUAAUUACCUUUUCUGAAGUGUGUCUAUUGGAAAUGGUCCUAAAAUUUCAACAGCCGCAUAAAACCAGGAAAAGUUAGGGUAGAUUGAACAGAGUGUUUGAAAACAUUGCUGUUACAGAGUAUAACACAAGCAGCUAUGGUAAGUUUGGAUGUGGGACUGUUUAUUUUUAAAUGUCUAUAUUUUUUGUGCAAAAGCCCAGUUGGUCUAUGUAGGGAUCAGAGUUCUGCAGUAUUGAGCACAGGAUGAAAUGUGUUAACAUUUCAAAAUCAGUUCCACUUUCUUUGUUGUAUCUUGUGUAAAUUUUUACCUACAGCUCUCUCCCUCAUACUGUCAGAGCUGUUCCAUACAUUCUUUGUUCUUUUUCAUUGAUGAUUUUCAUUUUCUUGAAAUACUAAUAUUGUUUCCUGUGAAAUGACAGUUGCUCAUGUUUGUAUCAUAUUUCUUCUAGUAUGUUUUGAACCUGGUGGUCAACAGAAAUUAACGUUCAUAGAUGUGUCAAAGAUCUCUCAAAAGUUCAUGAAAAUAGGGAGUUAGCAAUGAAGACAUGGACUUACUACAGGAGAAGUUGGAAUGUAAGAUUUUUUUAGAUUCAAGAAAACUUUCUCGGAAUUCUCUCCUAUUAGCUUCCAGAGAAUUAAUUCACUGAUUGCCCAUGAACCAUAGAAAACAAAGUUUUGUUGCUGACAACUAUUUGUGUUUUUUGGAGGAUAUUUGAAUGUCUGUAGAUUAUACUAUAUUUGUUUAAAAGGACAAAUUGUUUAUAGACAAAAUGUAUUUUAUUAAAAAGCUUGAAUACCUUGCAGACCGAA